AUGUAAAUUUUAUAAAGCCCUAAACCUUAACAAUGGCAAAUGAGCAAUUCUCACAUUAUCUAUUUUUAGUGGAUUAGCUGUGACUUCUUUGAAGAUUCAAAAGAUGCUAAUUUUUGUAGAUUGAAAGUCCAAAAGAUUGCUUUUGUGGAAUAGCUAUUGCCAUUCAUAAAAGCAUUGACUUUACAGAUUUAAGUGAGCGAUUACAUCCAUCUCUUUAUAAUAUUUCAAGGUACAUAUAUUUAAAUUGAAUGAAUUAGACUUUGCACAAGAUUAUUUUCGAUUUUUCUUUGAUCUUAGUUCUGACUAUGAAAAGUUACAAAUGAUUUAACUAUAUGGUUUGCAGGAAAUCAGAACCAGAGUAACAUAAAUUUUAAUGACAAAAUUUCAAUCCAAGUUCAGGUAAGUUUAUGUGUUAUAAAUAUCAAGUUCUAAUACUGAUAAAUGCAUAUAUGAAGCCAAACUAGUUCAGCUGAAUAAAAUAUGA